AUGUGGAGAUAUCAACGGGGGUUUACUACGACACUCAUCGUGUUCUCGCUUUUGCUCCUCGCAAUCAGGGUCUUGGCUCAAACCCCUGUGUGGGGGCAGUGCGGUGGAAUUGGAUGCACGACGUGUGCUGCAGGCUCCGUCUGUACUGCGCUGAACGACUAUUACUCGCAGUGUGUGCCCGGAGCGGCGACCGGGUCGACCAGCACUGCAGCACCAACGUCCACAACGACGUCAGCGGGAACGGCGCCGCAGACACCAACGAGCACCUCAACCGGCGCCACGCCCACUGGGUCCCAGAUCCGCGCCGUCGAGGGUCCAGUGUAUCACUUCUACCUCCAGAACCAGGGUACGUCUCACCCGUCUCCCCGUUCCGACGGAAAGCCCGUGCUGGGGUCCGAGGCCUCGUCGGGCUACUUCACUAUCGGGACGACGAUCGCGCUCGCGCCGAACGGGAGCACGCUCUACCUGAACGUCGAUACGAGCAGCACGGCGUCGUACAAGGGGCUGACGCUCGACGCCGCGGCGAGCACGAAGGACUGGGCGCUCGAAGGGGACACGAUCAUCACGACGGAGCCGCGGGAGCUCAACUUCCUCGCGUGCGCGACGGACGACGCGAGCGUGUACGACGUCUACCUGCAGACGGGCAACGACACGCCCUCGGGCGCAUCGUGCUCAAUGUGCACUCUGCAUCUACCGUGCCUGUGCUGA